GUGUACACUUGUAACUUCUAACACAAAGCCUCUCCCACUUUUGGGACGCGCCGCAAUCCAGUUCUAGGGUUCGUCGAGAUUUUUCCUGGUGGGAGGGAAAAAUUCGUGGUGAUACUAGAUCGUUUGCACAAGUUGUUGCCUCCCCUUCUUCCCAUUCUCCUCCACCAGAUCCGUCAAAUCUUGUGAGCAGAGGUGUUGAGAUGAGAGGAGAUGGCUUUGGGGCCGGCAGGGCCAGGGCGCGGGUCGUUUCGACUGCGGUGGCGGCCGCCGCGAAUCCAAUGUGUGGAAGUGCAAGACGGCAACGGGGGAUUCCUCCUCAAGCAGGGCUCCUGGAUCUGGAGACUCCGGAUUCGACAAGUGGGAUGAGGCGGUGGAGGGUAGGCAGGCCAUUCCUCCUCGCUGGGAACGGUGGGGAGGGGAGGAUGACGGCGCGAACUCUUCCCAUGGAGUGACGGAGGCCGGGGGUGCUCGUGAUGCGCCAACUCGUCAGGGUGAUGAUAGGUCAUCCCGCGCGGCUGGCAAGAACACUUCACCUCCGCGAGUCGGCGACCCCCCUGCGCGUGCUGGUAACAUUGCUCCAUCUUCUGGUCCCUGUCAGAUCUGUAAUCUGGCAGGGCACUUUACUGCUCACUGCCCCCAUGCUGUCUUUGAUUGAUGCAAGAAAAAAGGGCAUCUAUCUGCUGUCUGCACCGAGUUUCUCCCUUGGGAAUGCUUGCCUGUGAUGUGUGCUUUUCAAAGUAAAGGGCAGGGGUUCCACUCUAUUCCUGAUUUCAGCGUUGAGAGACAGGCCAGAGAGCGAAUUUACAAUGUGGUUGUAACUAUUCUUGAGGGCUCUGCACCUACUAAAGAUAUCGAACAUGAGCUUAGUGUGCACGUAGGUCAGGGGUGGCGCUGUUCUGCCAGGUUCUUUGCCCCCCAAAAAUUUGUCAUGACAAUGCCUAAUCCAAGAGAGGUAGACCGAGCUCUGUUUGUUGAGUUUAGCAAGCUUAAGAAGUGUGGGGUGAGUGUCAAAUUUUCACCCUGGUCUGAUGAUAUCGAUUCUGAUGGUUUACUGGAAGUAGCUUGGGUUAGAAUUGGGAGGAUCCCUCCCAACAAGCGUUGUGACAGAACGGUUGCUUAUGUUGGGGGGCUGGUGGGUGUCACUCUGGAGAUAGAUAUGUCCACUAUCAACCGCCCUUCUUCAGUUAGAGCUAAGAUUGGAUGCCGCUUCGUGGACCAACCUCCUGCCUCAGCUGAAGGAAUGUUGGGAGGUCGCUUUUAUAGAUUUACCUAUGAGGUGGAAGAGGUACUGGUGAAAAAUCCAGUAGAUGAGGGCAUGACUUUCUGCUGUGUCUAAGGGUGAUACAAGCAAGCCUGACCAAACUCCAAAACGCAAGCGUGUUGAACAGGAAAAAAAUGAUGAUAAAUAUGAGGCUCCUGAACAUGGGAAAAAUGGACCCUCCUCCCAUGGUGGCAAAACCUGUCGUUUGCAACCACAGGAGAGUGAGGUGUCUUUUUCUUCUGAUAGUGAGGUCGAUAGCACCUUACUCAUUGAGUCUAUGGCUAGAGACCAGGAAGAAGCUGGGCAAGGGGAGUUUCAUGGCACAUCAGACUGGCUGGUACCUGUGCAGCCUGCUCUUUCUCAUGCGUUUGCUGAUCAGGGGACUCCUGCACAUGUGGUACAGCUUAUGGAGGUGGAUGGAGAUGUGGAUCCAAAAAUGAAGAUUUCCAAUGAUUACGUGGUACAGCUUCCCUCUCCUAAUUGCAAUGACGAGUUGAUCCUCACUCCCCCUCUUGCUCCCGAGGAGUUGCAUAGAUUCAGCAAACGUAACUUGCAAGGUAUGCAAGAACAUGUGGAAGCUAAAGCUAUGAAGCUCGCAAGUAAGAAAAAUUUGGAAGGGUUGCAGCAGGGGGGAGACGCUGAAGAGCUGCGGGCAGGAGCUGAUGCUGUCAGGGCAAACACGAUGCAGCUGAUGAACAUGUGCGACGCCGCCAGACAGUCGAUCACUGGCGAAUGAUUGUUGCGGGAGAGUAAUGCAGAAGUGUGCUGCACCUAGUCGCAUUUUGCUUAAUUUCUGCGCUGCUAGUCGUUUGGUCUCCAGACUUCUGUUGUUUUGGUACUUGCUCCUGGUCGGGGUUGUAAUAGUUUGACUUAGUCUGGUCUGAAUUUGUAGUGCUACUCAGGUUUUCACCCCAUAGCGUUCGUCACGAUGUCGGGCAAAUGCGGUGGGUUUUCUGGUAGUGCUUGAACUCGCUUUCCCUCUUUCCUUUCUCCCUAGAUGGUUUCGGAACUGUUGUAUUUCCGUUCAUUUGCAAUGGAAAGGGGUAAA